AUGCCUCCGUCGAAGCCCAUCCACGGCGGUCCCGGCGGCAACCUCAGCAACGCGAGCCACAUCGCUCUAGCGCACGGAAUGAAUCGGAGUCUGGCCGACGCCUUCUGCGAGGCCGACUUUCGAUGGCACUACUUUCUCGCCUCCAGUCUCGUCUGCCUCGCCUCAGGCAUCGCCUCGGUCCUCCUCUUCCGCGUCGCCGUCCACCUCUACGCCUGGGCCCGGACUCGUCUCAGCCGGCGUCAGUUGCUUUUGCAUCUUCACUUUCCACAUCGACGUCUGUGUCGACGUGCCGAACCGACGGAAUUGCAAGACGACUGGCGUCGACGUAAGCUAGUCCCGGCGUCGACUAGGCCCGGCCGACCGGCACUCCAGCCUCCCUCAGCCGUCUCGAGCCAUCACAAGCCCUUGGACGAGUUGGUCUGGCCGACCGAGUGGAAGGAUCUGGCGACCGAGUUGAUCUCGGGCCAGCGUCGUACUGGA